UCUAAUCUCCUUUCUUUCACUCCCCUCACUCUCUCUUACACUACACACACAAAUAUUACACACCUCCGUUUGUUUGUUUUGACAGGCGGCGCCACCACCACAAAGUCGUAGAAAAAGUCUCUAAACCUCUUACCAUCCCACCACUUGUCACCACACUCCUUAUCAACUCUUAUUCACUUCCUUCUCUCUCUCUGUCAUCCACAAAAACACAACCAUUACUAUUUCUAAAAACUAGGACUAGUGCUCCUCUUCACCAUACAACCCUACAACAACUUUCACUACAAGAACACCCCAUCUUCUCUUCCAUUCCUAAUUUACCCUAACUUCAUUUCUUCCUCCCCCCCCUCUCUCUCUCUCUCUCUCUCUCUCUCUCUCUCUCUCUCUUUCCAUUUUAUUUUCCCCCUUUAUUUGUAUAUGGCUUUGAUUGUCGAUCAACAACCAAACUUCAAGCACUUUUGUAAAAUUUGCAAGAAAGGGUUUGGUUGUGGUAGAGCUCUAGGAGGGCAUAUGAGGGCUCAUGGAAUUGGUGAUGAAAAUUGUCAAAUGGACGACGAAGAUCCUGCAAGCGAUUGGGAAGAUAAAUUAGGAGGGAAUGUGCCUCCUAGCAAUAAACGUAUGUAUGCAUUAAGAACAAAUCCUAAUCGAUUAAAGAGUUGCCGUGUUUGUGAAAAUUGUGGCAAGGAAUUCUUGUCGUGGAAAUCUUUUCUUGAACAUGGCAAAUGCAGCUCCGAGGAUGCUGAGUCGCUCGUCUCUUCUCCAGAAUCCGAUGGUGAGGAUGGCACGCAAAGGAGAGGUUGCGGUUGGUCUAAAAGAAAAAGAUCACUAAGAGCUAAAGUGGGUAAUUUUAACUCACAUUGCCCUUCUAGCGAAGAAGAAGAUCUCGCCAAUUGCCUUAUGAUGUUAUCUAAUGCAACAGUUGAUCCUUUUGUUGCCGAACCAGAGGAGUCAUGUGCUUCGGCUAGUAAAGACGAGGAGCGAAGAAAUCCCAUGAAUUUUAUGGCUCCUAUAGCUUAUAGGGCAGCACCAGUUGACAAGGCUAAAGGGGUUGCUAAGGGAAUGUUCGAAUGCAAAGCAUGCAAGAAAGUUUUUAAUUCCCAUCAAGCGUUAGGUGGACAUAGAGCCAGUCACAAGAAGGUUAAAGGGUGUUUCGCAGCUCGGCUCGAUCAAGGACUAGAUGAUAGUCUAGCUGAUGAAGAUGUUAUUACACAUGAAGAGUUCUUUCCAACUAAGUCAUCCUCAACAUUCCAAUUCGAUCACGGUUCCAAUCCUCCAUUAGCUUCUACAUCAAAAAGGAAAUCAAAGGUACAUGAAUGCUCGAUAUGUCACCGUGUGUUUUCAUCUGGCCAAGCAUUAGGUGGCCACAAAAGGUGUCAUUGGAUUACGUCAAAUUCACCAGAUACAUCUUCUUUGGCUAAGUUUCAUCAGUUUCAAGAUCACAUAGAGCAAAUUCAACAAAGACCCAAGUUUACCAAUACUUCUGAGACACUUGAUCUUUCGCUCGACCUCAACCUUCCUGCCCCGGCUGAUCAUCGUGAUCAUAACGGAGUCAAGCGGGAUCCCCCCGCAAACCAGCCUAGCUUUAAAGUGUCUACAGAGAUUUAUUUAAAAACUUGGGUAGGUGUUGAAGCAAAAGAGAAGGAUAACAAUCACCAGCAGCACCAAAAUGAGGAUGAUAACAAAGAUAACAACAAUAACAAUAAUUGUAAUGGUUCAAUGCAGAAUGUGGAAGAUGAAGCAGACAGUAAGGUGAAGUUAGCAAAGCUUAGUGAACUAAAAGACAUGAACAUGAAUGGAAGUUCAUCUCCAUGGUUGCAGGUAGGAAUUGGUUCAACAACUGAUGUUGGUGCUGACUCGUAAAAUUUUUUGCGAGGGGAUCGGGGCCUUCUCAAAUUUUUUUCUUCUUUUGAAUAUUUUUUCUCUUUUUUGUCCAUUUUUGUAUUUCUAAACUGUAAUUACAGACUGGACAGAAUCAUGAGUAUAAUUUUACACCAUCAAUUUACUUUUUCCUCUUUGGUGGAUACUCAUAAAGUCCAAUGUUUCCUUUAAUACAGGAGAAUAGAUACUUCCGAAUAAACACAUAUGGCAUAUACUUCACCGA